UGCCCAUUUAAAUCUCGUUGGGCAACCAUGGCUGAAGAGACAAUAAUUCUUGUUUUGUUAGUUUUGGUUAUGCUUGUUGGGUCAUAUUUGGCAGGGAGCAUACCGAUGUUGAUGAAAUUGAGUGAGCAAAAGUUUUCUGUGAAACCCCAGACAAAUAAGAUUUAGAAUAUGCCUCAACUGUUGUUAUCGCAAUAUUACCCUUUAAGGAAAAACUGAAAUUUGUCACUGUGCUUGGCGCUGGAUUAUUAGUGGGCACUGCUCUAGCCGUUAUAAUACCAGAAGGUAUAAGAUCAUUGUAUAUGGGUAAUGGGCGACCUCAACAACCAACUCCUGGCCCAGAGCAUCAAGAUUACUCACAAACUAUUGGACUUUCUCUUGUGCUUGGUUUUGUCUUUAUGAUGUUGGUGGAUAUAUCACAACGGAAAAGCAAUGUCGGAAGUGACAAAAAAAACAAUGCUACCCUGACUCUUGGAUUAGUGGUUCAUGCUGCAGCUGAUGGAGUAGCUUUGGGUGCAGCAGCCACGACAAGCCAUCAGGAUGUUGAGAUAAUUGUAUUUUUAGCUAUAAUGCUUCACAAGGCACCGGCAGCAUUCGGGUUGGUUACCUUCUUACUGCAUGAAAAAGUAGACAGGCAGCAAAUUCGAAAGCACCUGGCUUUGUUUUCCUUAUCGGCUCCGCUUUUGACUAUUUUAACGUAUUUUGGAAUCGGCCAGGAGCAGAAGGAGACGUUAAAUUCAGUAAAUGCCACUGGAAUAGCUAUGCUAUUUUCCGCAGGAACGUUUUUGUACGUUGCCACUGUUCAUGUUUUACCAGAACUUACCCAAGGGGGGUUAUCACAGAGCGAUCAGCAUAAUUAUCGUUUGCUAGAGGAAUCUCGUGAUGUUGCGAAUGACAAAAAUGGAAGCAGUAGUAUACAAGCGUUAAAGUAUAGUGAAUUAAUAAUUAUGAUUUGUGGUGCGCUGCUUCCGCUAGUUAUAACAUUUGGACAUAAGCACUAGAAUAUCAUACCAACAUUCCUGUCAAAUAAGAUUGUGUAAAAAUUAAGAGAUAAUAUGCAACAUACAAAACUGCUAUAGAAAUAGCGGAACUCGUGUAGAAAUUAAAUUGAUGCACGUAAGAAACCACAAAUCUAUUUCUGUGGCACUCACUCUAAUUUGUGCAAUAACUUUAAGGCAACUAAAAUAUUACAGUUGAAAUAAAAUUGUAAAAAGGUGUUUGGUAAAAUGUAAUGGUUUUAAGGGACUUUCCCCCUGGACAAAUUAAACCAGCUGAAUGAAG